CUCUCUCUUUGUGUUUGUGGAGUCAGUUAAUGGCACUGGUUUGAGCAUGGCAGCUUCACCUGAUCACACCUACAAAUUUAACUACUACUUGCUAACUUUGUUUAUUUACACCAUAAACACACCAACCUUGUCAUUCAUUCAAUGCGUGUUGAUGUGUUGAGUCCUAUUCUGAUUCUAAAAACAUACAUUAUCCAAAGCUAGAAAAUUCCACUCCUUUUUAGAAAACAAGGAGAUGCCAAAUUCAGUUUAGGCCAUUGCUCUUCAUCAUCACCCAUCUACCAUCAACAAAUACCAUUCCCUCUCUCUUUCAAUCUAUGUUGCUUGGAGUCUGCAACCACAAAAUUACAAAAUAGCAAAAUGAAGUUCUUUCACUCAAAGGAUCACACCCGGGGUUUGUGUUAAAGGGGUUGAAACCAAAGAACCUGUAAUUGAUCAGAGAUGCGUGGGCUCAAGCUCACCGAACGUUUCAAGAGCAUUCAAGUUCAUGCUCUCAGUUCUACUUCAUCCGAAACAAACGGUGGUAAUGGCAACAAAGGCUCCGAAACAAUAUGUGCUGAUAGCAGCAAGACCAAACCUCGCAACAACCUUAACAGGAACCGAAGCUUAAUACCAUCAUGGUCAAAAACCAAAUCCGGCACCAACAACAACUCAACCUCGGUAUUUGCAAACCUGAUCCCUCUUCACCUCCCUUCCACCGACACCAUUGAACCACCCCUAGAACCUCACUUUAAGCCCAUCAAUCUUGUGGAGACCUUAUCAGAGUUCUAUCAGCGCAUGGAGUUUUGUUCACAGUCCAACAAAGCAGUAAUGUGUGUGGAACAGUGGUCUCUUUUGCGCGGUCUUGGUGAGCAGAAAAUACUUAGAAGAUGUCUCAGGACAGCAUGCCAGAAUGCUGAGGAUGUCCUCUCCAAGGUUGUGUUGUCUGCAUGGUUGAGGUUUGAGAGGAGGGAUGAUGAGCUUGCUGGCCUGUGUUCAAUGGAUUGUGGUGGUUAUGUUCUUGAGUGUCCAAAGAAGAAUUUGGAACCCGGAUUUCGCCCCUGUUCAGUUAAUGAUCACUGCCAGUGUCAACAAGAGCUAAUUCAGGAAACCUGUACUGAGGGUGUGCGUGAGUCAGAUGAGGAAAGUGAUAUUUUGUUUUGUGUUGGGAGUGAAGAAAUCAGUUGUGUCAGGUACAGGAUUGCUGCUCUUUCAUACCCUUUUAAUGCUAUGCUCUACGGUGGCUUUGCUGAGUCCAAAAUGAGCAAGAUUGAUUUCUCGGGAAAUGGGAUAUGUCCAAAGGGAAUGAAGGCUGUGGAGUUUUACAGCAGGACCAAAAGAUUGGACCUCUUCUGCCCAAUGACAGUUUUGGAGCUUCUGUCCUUUGCCAAUAGAUUUUGUUGUGAGGAGAUGAGUUCUGCCUGUGAUGCCCAUUUGGCUUCAAUUGUUGUGAAUGUUGAAGAUGCAUUGGUGCUUAUUGAGUAUGGAUUGGAAGAGAGAGCCACCCUUCUUGUUGUGGCUUGCUUACAAGUGUUUCUCAGGGAGCUUCCAAAUUCUCUGUAUAAUCCAAAGGUGGUAAGAAUACUUUGCAGCUGUGAGGCACAGGAAAGGUUAGCCAAUGUGGGGUGUGCCUCUUUCUUGUUGUACUACUUCCUGAGUCAAGUGGCCAUGGAAGAAAGCAUGAUGUCUAAAACAACAUUGAUGUUGCUGGAGAGAAUGGGAGAGUGUGCCACAGAAAAAUGGCAAACAGCCCUAGCAUUCCACCAAUUGGGGUGUGUAUUGCUUGAAAGGAAAGAAUACAAAGAGGCUCAGCACUGUUUUGAGGUAGCAGUUCAGGAGGGUCAUGUUUAUUCAUUGGCUGGGGUGGCCAGAACUAAGUACAAACAGGGUCAACCAUAUUCAGCCUAUAAGUUAAUUAGUUCUCUCAUAUUUGAGCAUAAACCGGGUGGGUGGAUGUAUCAGGAGCGUGCACUAUACAAUAUGGGAAAGGAGAAGAGUUUUGAUUUAGAUGUUGCAACUGAAUUGGAUCCUUCUCUUUCAUUUCCAUAUAAAUAUAGAGCACUAGCAAAGGUGGAGGAGAAGCAGAUAGAGGAAGGGAUUGCAGAGCUAAAUAAGUUUAUUGGAUUUAAACUCUCCCCUGAUUGCUUAGAAUUGAGAGCGUGGUUGAAUGUUGCACUUAAGGAUUAUGACGGUGCAAUGAGAGAUAUUCGGGCAAUGCUAACCAUUGAACCAAAUUAUGUAACUUCACAUGGGAAGAUCAAAGGGGAAUACUUGCUCCAACUUGUAAACCGUGGAGUUCAGCAGAAGAGUCAGGCUGAUUGCUGGAUGCAGCUAUACCAGCAAUGGUCUUGUGUAGAUGAUAUUGGUUCUUUGGCUAUUAUACAUCAGAUGCUAGAGAAUGAGCCUGAGAAGAGCCUUCUAGAGUUUCGUCAGUCUCUACUCCUAUUAAGGUUAAACUGUCAAAAGGCUGCAAUGCACAGCUUGCGGUUGGCCAGAAACCACUCUAGCUCAAUGCAAGAGAGGCUAAUUUAUGAAGGAUGGAUCCUAUAUGACACUGGCUAUCGCGAAGAAGCUUUAGCGAGGGCUGACAGAUCCAUUGAAAUUGAGAGAUCAUUUGAAGCUUUUUUUCUAAAAGCAUAUGUGAUGGCAGAUACAACUCUGGAUCCUGAAUCUUCUUCCUACGUUAUUCAGCUUCUAAAAGAAGCACUUAAAUGUCCUUCAGACGGUCUUCGCAAAGGACAAGCAUUGAAUAACUUGGGGAGUAUUUACGUGGAUUGUGGUAAGCUUGAGCUUGCAAAAGAAUGCUACAAGAGUGCACUUGCAAUUAGGCACACAAGAGCUCAUCAAGGUCUAGCACGCGUUUAUCAUCAGAAAAAUCAAAGAAAAGCUGCGUAUGAUGAGAUGACCAGUCUAAUUGAGAAGGCAGAGAGCAAUGCCUCAGCAUAUGAGAAAAGAUCAGAAUACUGUGACCGUGAGAUGGCAAAGGUUGAUCUUGAUUUUGCAACUCAACUUGAUCCUUUAAGAACCUAUCCAUAUAGAUACAGAGCAGCAGUGAUGAUGGAUGAGCAAAAAGAAACUGAAGCUGUAGAAGAACUCACCAAGGCCAUCAAAUUCAAACCUGACAUGCAAAUGCUUCACCUACGAGCAGCAUUUUAUGAGUCAAUGGGAGACUUAUCAUCUUCUCUACAAGAUUGUCAGGCUUCUCUGUGCUUAGACCCAAAUCAUGCAGGCACACUUGAUCUAUAUCGAAGAAUACGAAAGUUGAACUUUUAAUCUUUGUGUAUAUGAGCAUCAGAAAGAUAAAAUGUGGAGGUCUUGAUUAGACAACUGAUGGGGAAAGGAGAAUUUCCAAAUGACUGAUAUUUUACAUCAGAAAUCUCGGAACAAUCAUCUUACAACAAAGAUAGAAAGACAUGGAUAUAUGGAUUGUGGAAUUUCAGGUGUAAAUCACAGGAAUUUCAGAAUAGUGCAUCCAUUGAUUUGAUAUGUAUCCUCUGUGAGCCAUAUUUAUAGAAUUUGUCUCUCACUAUUUAAGCAUCCUCUUGUACAGUUACAGAGGUUCAUUCCACUUGUUUUCUACAAUUUUU